AUGUAUCAAUUUAAAAAAGACGAGCAUGCCCAACUGUUGUUGAAACACCUUGCGGUGAUGCAAGCCAACCGAAUAUUGACAGACCUUACUGUACGAACCAAAUCAAAAGAUCAUGAAGAAACGUUUCAUUCCGUGCUUCUUGCCGCAAACAGCCCAUUCAUCAGACGUAGUCUUACAGGAAAACGUUUUGAUUGCACCUCGGGAGUUAUCCCACUUGACCUGACUCAACAGCAGCUUGAGGCCUUUCUCGAUUUCGUGUAUAAGUCCGAACUCCCCACAGACCAAGGAGUGGUCAAUGGCUUGCGACAUUUUGCGUCGAGGUACGAGAUGACUUACCUUGAAGAGCUGUGUCAAGAAAGAGGAUUGGAACGUGAAGGCCAUGAAAGAAUGACUGUUCUGUCUAAGCGCCAGGAAGAUGUGUUGUCUCAACUGCAUGACAUGCGUGAGAAGAAGGAAUUGACGACGACCUAUUUGGAAGACUGCGACGGUAGCUUUCAGUUUGCAGUACACGGCCCACUUCUUGCAGCAGCGUCGCCAGUAUUUCAAGACAUAUUUUCGGAUGAUCUGUUAUCUCAAGAGGGCUCAAGGUAUCGCCUGAAGGACGUCACGUGCAAUACUCUAGGAGACCUUAUAAAUUUCAUUUACACGGGGGAAGUCACAUUGGAAGAAGAAAAUGUGGUCGAUUUACUUCAUGCAGCAUACGAUUACGAGAUUCCCACACUUGCCAGGGCCUGCUGUGAUUGGCUGGAAGUGCAGUUAAGCUCUUACAAUGCAAUCGGCAUUUGGUUGCUCGCGCGGGAACAGCAAAGUGAAUACAUCAGUGAUCUUGAAGAGAUCGCUAAGAGCUAUAUCAUUGCCAACUUCACCAGCGUGUGCAGAGAAGAUGAAUUCCUAGAGCUUGAGUACGAAGACCUUGAGGAAAUCAUUCGAAAUGACUAUCUGGGUGUGCAGAACGAAGAAGAGGUGUUCGCUGCAGUUGUCAACUGGAUAAAGGCAGACGAAGGUCGCUCAUCUUUCUUUUGCGAUUUACUGAAUCGCGUUCGUCUGGAGUGCGCUAGCUCUGAAUUUCUUUGUGACAUGGAGAAAGAUCCCCAUGUCGCUAACUGCUCGCAGUGUCUACAAGUUGUUCAGAGGGCCCAAGCAAAGAAGAUUCAAGCCUCCAACCGUACCCCAGAAGUUACUCGAUUGCAUUAUGAUGAUGAAGCUGAUUUCAAGAGAAACCUGCUGUAUGAAUUUCUAGAGUCAACACGAGUCAAUGAUGAUCAUCUUAACGAAACGACUGAGGAGACUCCACCUAGGGAACCAAGGAAGAGUAAAGAAAAAGAUAUGCGCCUGAAACAGAACAGACAUGGACAGCUCAACAAAGAUGGCUCACCUGAUAUGCGUUUUAAAGUUAACAGGAGGCACUUAAAUCAGCGGAAUUUGGAUGGUACGCCAGACAGGCGUCAUAAAGGCAACAAAGAAUCCAACCGCUCAACGCAGAAAGAUGCUUAUGUUACUACCGAGGGUCCACUGACAAAAACUGGCAAACCGGACAUGCGUUUCAAGGUAAACAAAGAAGCUUAUGGCCAGUCAUCUUCUCAGAAGAGCACGAGAACCCCGCACGGUGAAAGCAAGCGAAAGGGUGUUCCUCUUAAAAAGGAUGGAACACCAGACAUGAGGUACACUGUAAACAAGACACCAGAAUCUGUGAACAGUGCUUUACCAGGCAACGGAGCAACUCCACUGAAACGAGAUGGUACACCUGACAUGCGCUUUGCGGUCAACAAGCCAGCGAGAAAACCUGCAUCACCCGCACCAUCGUACAGCAGUUCAAGUGGUCCACUUAAGAACGAUGGCACACCAGAUAUGAGAUACGCAGCAAACAAGUCAUCCUAUGAUAGUCCAUCGUCGUCAGGGUUUUGGUCUGGUGGUUCAUCCUACGGCACUAGGUCAUUGGCCAGUCUGGGAUCUCCUGGUCCGCUAAAGAGCGACGGUACUCCAGACAUGAGAUAUGCUGCAAACAGAUCUUCAUAUUCGAGUCCAUCCUCGUACAGUGGAUCAAGCUACAGUGUCAGUUCGUCUUCAAGUGGAAGUAGUUUUGGAGCGGGUCCACUGAAAAGUGAUGGCACUCCAGACAUGAGGUAUGCUGCAAACAGAUCUUCAUAUUCGAGUCCAUCCUCGUACAGUGGAUCAAGCUACAGUGUCAGUUCGUCUUCAAGUGGAAGUAGUUUUGGAGCGGGUCCACUGAAAAGUGAUGGCACUCCAGACAUGAGGUAUGCUUCAAACAGAUCCUCCUAUGGUAGUUCGUCCUCGUUUGGUGGAUCAAGCUACAGCUCCAUAUCAUCUUCUAGUGGAAGUAGUUUUGGUGGAUCCAGUUCGUGUGGGCCACUGAAAAGUAAUGGUACUCCUGACAUGAGGUAUGCUUCAAACAGGUCCUCUUAUGGUGGGUCAAGCUACAGCUCCAUAUCAUCUUCUAGUGGAAGUAGUUUUGGUGGAUCCAGUUCGUGUGGGCCACUGAAAAGUAAUGGUACUCCUGACAUGAGGUAUGCUUCAAACAGGUCCUCUUAUGGUGGGUCAAGCUACAGCUCCAGAUCAUCUUCUAGAUCAUCUUCUAGGAAGUAG